UAGCUCUCAUCGGCGGUCCGGGAGCGCGGGCUCUAACAGUGCGGUGGUGGGUCCGGGGUUGGAUUCUUCGGGGAUGGGUGACUACCGGCUUCAUCCGAUCUUGACGGAUGAUCAGGCUAGUCAUAUUUCUUGAUGCGGGCGUAUUUAGCUGGGGAGACCUUGUCGCUCUAUCACAAUGCAGGGCCGGCCUUGGAAUGUAGCUGCCUCCGCGUGAGGUGGUAUUCAAUCGUUCAGAAAUUAGGAACCAGCGAGCUUUUUGAACGAACGCGGGUAAUGAAUUGUGAUGACUGUUUUACCGCCUUCAGAUUCUUCUAUUCUGUGACUAUGUCUCGGCUUUAGUAUCUAUCCCUAACUCCACACCCAAUGCGACCAACCCGACGCCAUGCUC